AUGUCAGAUAUUGAAGAGAGAGAUUUAUGUCUUGUAGAAAGCGACAAGGGUGAGAGAACUGAGAACCAAGUUUACGUCGAGGAAGAGGACGAAGACGAAGAGGAGGAUGAAGACCAUGAUACAACCCUCAAUGAGGCUAUGGAAGACAUGGUAGCCAGGUUCAACAAGCCAAACCCAAGCCAGUGCGACAUUGAUGCGUUCAUCAGACAACAUUUUGAUGUUGUGACACAGCCUCUGAAGAACCAUGGUUCAUUUCUGCAUGAAAUCAUUUCUAAGGUCUCAAAGAGAACCAAGUCAACCUGGGGUGACCCGGAUCACAUAUCUCCUCUUGUCAAAACACUAGUCUCCAGAUAUCCCCGCUUACUUGAGACGAAGAACGAAGAGAAUCAGACAUCGUUAUACCUGGCAAUUAAGUCUAAGAAAUGGACUCACAGGCUGAUCGAUUGCAUUUUGCUGGGAAGCAAUGAAGAGCAUAUACAGAAAGCACUUGAGUUCACCUGCGGCGAGGGUCCAUCCAUGAGGACAUGCUUGACAAUGGCGUUUGAAACUCUGGGCGAUCCGAAGAUCACAGGGAAGGCAAACACUCUCUCCAACUUGAUCGUGAAAUCGAGCAACAAAGCGUUAGCAAUGUGCGAUGGCACUGGCAAAUCCUCUCUUCAUUACGCGGUCAAGUACAGUCAGUGCAGCAAUGGACGAGUGGCUUUGAUCGAGAAGUUUCUUCAAAAAGAUAGUGUCAUGAUGGAAGAGCUCAGAGUGAACUCAAAACAAGGACCGUUGAAGACUUUCUUGGAUCUUCAAUAUACUCAAAAGGAUAACGGGGUAGCAUACUCGGUUUAUACUGAGCACGAAAGAACGCGGUUAAUAUUCCAAGCAGAAGAAGCACGAAAUGAGCAAGAGCUGAAGUCACAGCAACCUAUCGAUCGAACCGCUGCAAAGUUCUUGACCACUGUCCUUCCAGCAAAAGACAAGGACACUCCGAAGUCAUGCCUCCGUGAAAAGGGACCCAAAGGCUUUGAGGAUCGGGAACGUGGAGGAAAGAAGCCUGAUCGUGACCGAGACUUACGAAAACAAUCGGAUCCUAAGACAAUGACUGAAAAUGAGAGGAAGCGUCAACAGCUCAAGGAAGAAGAAAGACGACAGCGAGAAGGUAUUCAGAGCAAUGGCGGGAACGAGUACCAGAAAGAUCUUACACUACAACCAAUCAAAGAUCGUGAAGGAGACAAUACCGAAGAGACAAUGGUUAAAGUUCGAACCGCUCAACUCAAGACCUCGCAUGCACCCAAUUCACCGGUCAAGAGAGUAUCUACGGGAUCAAAGGGGGUUGAAAGGGGUAAAGCGAACGUCAGUUCGACCAAGAAACUAUCUUCAACUGUGUUAGAGACAAACUCGAAAAAGAUCCGUGAACUACUCAAGCUUCACUAUAUGAGAACAAGAGGCAUAAAAGAAGUCACAUGUUUCUUAUACGGAAAGAACCCCAAAGAUGUGCAUAUCAGUUUCGACUGUUGCGGGCUUCUAUCUGAGAUCUACGAUGAUGUAUUUUUGAGACAAUUCGGAGCAGAUUCGGAUAGUGGAAUCAUUCUCGACAAUGUACUGAUGUAUGCUCGCUUUCCGGUCGUCCGUGUUGAGCGCAGCGGAAGACGAGCGCCAGCCCGGCGCGCGCGAGGGCGACAAGACAUGGAGUUUUUUGCCGAGUGGCUGAAACGCAAGGGUGUUGAUCGAAUUCUUAACUUUCAGGUUCAAGAAGACAGGCAAGAGCCUCACAGUGAUGAGUCGAUCCAGAUGGUGUUACGACACUUUACCGUUGAACAUCUUGACUGGCAAAAGCCCGAUCUAGACCCGUUGGUCAUUUGCGAGAGGGCGGACAUUGGCAGUAUUGAUCAAGAAUCAUGGGAUAUUGACGGCACUAAUACCUUGAUCAAGCCACGAAAGGAUUUGAGACAGUUAACAUUGAAGUGGAGUGGUAGCAAUGCUGCGUUGAGAGCAUGGAGCGAGCCCGCGGGCUUACCACAACUGUUUGAGCUCAAACAAAUCAAUCUCCAUAUUCCAGCCGUUUUAGAGCUGCCUGAUCAUCGCGACUGGAUAAAGCGAAACUUGGAUCUGUUCAAGGUCCGCCUCAACCAGAGCUACAGAACGAACCAUCCAUCCAAGACGCCAGACGGCCAAACGAAAGACCUCGGUCAAGUUGAUCAACGAGGGAUCGAAGUGAUUGAAAGCUGGGAUGAUAGAAAGUUCGAAAGCUCAACGGCCCGCAAAGUUGUGCCCAAGUCGACUGGCAUGCCUGACGCUGCCGCUGAGCAUGAGUGGAUCAACCAGAUGGAGAAGUUCUCGACGCCAAUGAGGGUUCUUUGGGAAGAAACCCUGAAAGAAUCCAUCAAUCCUCUGCAUUCGUCUCUGGAGGAAGCAAGACUUCUUUCUAGUGCUGACAGUCAGAUCCUGUCUACCCUUCGAAAGGACGUUACAGUAGCUCUCAUCGACGAUGGAGUUGACACCCUUGAUCCAGCUUUCUCUAACCAAUUUGUUGAAGGAAAGACUUUCGACUACCAAGGCGAUCAUGGGGUGGGCCAGUACUAUAUCUCAGCGAACGGUCACGGGACGGAUAUGGCCAGGAUGAUAUUGAAGGUCUGUCCCAUGGCGAGGAUUUACUCGAUCAAGUUAAAGACACAGCCCAGCAAAGGUGGGCAACAUUUGACUAUCGACGAAUCAUCAAUUGCCCCUGCGAUUGAAGCUGCGUUGGAGAAGAACGCAGAUGUCAUCUCAAUGUCGUGGACAAUUCCUAUCCCCGUGACAGGGAGUGACAACCAGAAACGAAUUGACAAUGUGCUGAAGUUGGCAUGUUCGAAAGACGUCCUCAUGUUUUGCUCCUCACCAGACCAAAGAACUCAGACCAAGCAUUACCCUUCACAUUACAACCGUGAUAAGAUCUUUUUGAUCGGAGCUGCCGACGAUAGCGGCACAGCUUUCAACCACUCUGGACUAGAUAACGACUUUAUCUUCCCCGGAGUCAACGUCAACACGGGUAACAAUAUCGGCAGAUAUCACUCAAACAACCCAAUGUCUGCAGUCCAGAUGGCCACAGGCUCCAGCAUUGCCACUGCUCUAGCAGCUGGCCUAGCAGCCAUGGUGACAUACUGUUUCAAGGCAAGUGCACUCGCGGCUGUCACAACGAGGAUAUCGCAAGGCAGGCCACCUGCUUCAAGUGGGACUGAACUUGUGAAACCGCAAGACGUGAGCAGAAUUGCGCAUCAUGAUGGGUUAAAAAAGGUUUUUGAUAGGAUCGGCACAAUGGAUGGUGGAAAGUUCAUUGCGGUUUGGCGCAUAUUCAGACCUGCUACUGAAUGCUUAACUGAUGGUAAGAUGACUUAUGAGCAAAGGGUUACUCAUAUAAUGGAGCUCUGCAGAGACUUGAUGGACCGCAUGGACCGAUAG